AUGGAACAUGAUGACAAAUCAUUGCCCAUUGCUAUAACUACGUUGGGCCAGUACGCGCAAAGGUGCCAUGCUUACGCAAAGGCAUUGCAUUACAAGGAAUUGGAGUUUUACGAAGAGCCCACAACACCUACAAUUGAAUCAUUGAUUAGUAUCAAUAAUCUACUUCAACAAUCUGAUGCUGCCUUUGGUAUAUUAAAACAUGCU